AUGGUUUACCAGCGUCAGUCUUUGUCUCAAACGACGACCCUCCUGGAGAUCUUCUUCUGCUUGCCUUCUGAUACGUCCAAUCCGAAUGACGCGGGUGAACCUUACAGGUAUAGUCCCAUCAUAUCUCAGAUUGUUAAGUAUAUGUCAGAAGUUCAGGACAGCAGCAAGAUCCCGAUUCCACAAACGAUGCAUAACCUCUGA